AUGCUUGAAAGGCCAGUAGCUCAUGGGAGGUGCGAGGUUGAUGGCUUAGUUGACGCCGACGGCAACCCGUCCGCCUCCCCGCUCCGAGCUGCUGCUGCCGGCCUGCUCGCGCGAUUUAAGGCAAGUCGCACAGUCGCGCACUCGCUUCCCGCCAGUCAAGGCAAGUCGCACCAUCCCCGGGGCCCCCGCGCCAGCCAAGUCCGCCAAGGACGCGGAGGCGGAAGAAGCAGCAGCGGCGGCCGCCGCCAGGUUCCCCAAGAGCACGAGCCGAUCGAGCAGCACCAGCAGCACGCCCACCCCGGGCCCCCUGCGCCAGCCAAGACCGCCAAGGACGCGGAGGCGGAAGAAGCAGCGGCGGCCGCCGCCAGGUUCCCCAAGAGCACGAGCCGAUCCACCAAGUCCGCCAAGGACGCGGAGUCGGAAGAAGCAGCGGCGGCCGCCGCCAGGUUCCCCAAGAGCACGAGCCGAUCGAGCAGCACAAGCAGCACGCCCACGUCCGGGGGCGCUACCCCCAGCGCCUUCAGCCGCGGGGGCGCCGGCGCUGCUGGGGGCGCAGGCAGCAGCGGGGCGGGGCGGCGGAAGGAGGAGGAGGAGGGCAGGCCGCGGCACAGAGUCCCGGGGGCAAAAAAGCACUCCGCGUCUUCCGCCACUGGUUCCGCCGGUGGCGCAGCAGGGGGAGGCGCGGACCGCGCGGGGGACGAAGAGCUGCUGCGGACGGUUUCAGGCGCGUCCACUGACUCGUCUAAGGGGAGAGGCAGGCACGCAGCAGUGCACGGGGAGGCGGGGGAGGAGGGGCGCGCGGGGCGGGUGAGGGGCAGCGGACUGGUGGAGCACGCGGAGGGGAUGGAGGGGGCGCAUGAUGGAACGGGUGCGCAUGAUGUGAGCCAGGUGCCUGCCCCUCCCUGCCUCUCUCGUGUGGCUUCUGGCCCGUGCAUGUUCCACCAGCGUGCAUGUUCCACCAGCGUGCAUGUUCCACCAGCGUGCAUGUUCCACCAGCGUGCAUGUUCCACCAGCGUGCAUGUUCCACCAGCGUGCAUGUUCCACCAGCGUGCAUGCAUGUUAAACCAGCCACUCUCCCGCUGCCCUGCUCUCCCAGCGCCCAUAACUGCUACUCGCGUCUCCCCCAAGCUCCACCGUUCCUUGCAAAGAGUCCCCCCACCCGCCCCAUCUCGUCCCCGCUAUGCUGUGCCUCGUUUGCAGGACGAGGACGCCCACAAGAAGAAGAAGCGCUCUGCGCGGCCCUCCCUCUCCCCCUACCCUCCCCCCGCCCAAUUCAUCCAACUUUUCCGGCAUUUUGUUCUCGUGCUCAGAUUCUAUACUUUGAACCCCCUUUGCUUGCCACUCACACCUCUCGUUCCUUGUCACCUCCUUCCUUCAUACCUGGUUGUGCUUCCUUCUGGUGUAGAUUUUCUGCCUUUUCGCCCCUCGUUGCUCCUCGUCACUCCCCUCCCUCUUCUUCCUUUUCUCUCCUUCUCGCCUCGCUCCUGUUUGCUCUAUCCUCUCUCGCUCCACUGCUCACGCAUCUUCGUUUUCUCCUUCGCGCGUCUCCUCUUUCCGUCCCGUCUAUCCGUUCCCCUUCCCUUUCGCCCCUGUCGCCUCUGUCCGCGCCCCUCCCCCCCUCCUCCGCGCCAGAAGGAAGCUCUGGAGGAGAUGCGCGCGGAGGUGGAGCAGCUGCGGGAGCAGCUGAGGGACGCGGGGGAGAAAGCCAAGGAGGCGGACGACAGGGCGCGCGAGGAGGCGCGGAAGCGCCAGUACGUUGAGGCGGUGAUGGCGGAGCUUGAAGAGCAGAUGCAGGCGGAAACAGGCAGGCGCGAAGCCGCGGAGAAAGCGCUCAAGGAGGCGCGGCGGAAGCUGGAGCGCGCGGGGGGGUCUGACGGGGACGCGGAGGGCGCGGAGGGGAAGGAGAGGCGGGGCGGAGCGGGGGGAGAGGUGGCGGAGCUUGAGGAGCGGUUGGACGAGGCGGAGAGGCGUUGGGAGGAGGAGAGGGACCGGGCUUUGGAGCUAGAGCAGGAGUUACAGAUGGUAGAUGAGGAGAUGAAAUUAGAGAGAGAGUCUAUGAGGGAAAGUAUGGCUGCUUAUGCUAAGGGAAUGGAGGAUUUAGCGACACAGGCUGAGGAUGAUUUCAGACGGCAGAUUGACGAUUUGAAGGAUGACCUGGAACGGGCGAAUGCUGAGCUGGACGCGGUUAGGGAUGAGCUGGACAGGGCGAAUGGUGAGGUGGAAAGAGGGAGGGAUGAGCUGGAGAAGGGGAGGGAUGAGGUGGAGAACAUGCGCGCGCGGGUGGAGGAGGCGGAGCGGACGGCGCAGGCUGCUGUUCGGAAGGUGCUGGAGGAGAAGGGGAGAAGGGAGGAGGCAGAGAGGGAGGCGGAGGAGUGGCGGAAGAAGGCGGAGAGCAGUGAUGGCGGAGAAAAGGGGGCUGGGGGCAGUGGAGAAGAAGGGGAAAAGAGUGAGAAGAGUGAGAAGAGCGAGGAGGAUGGGAAGGCAGGGGCGGGAAGGAUUGUGGAGUUGGAGGGUGAAUUAGAGGACUUAAGGGACAGGAUAGAGGCAGCAGAAGCUCAGAAGGCGAAUCUGCUAGAGCGGUGGGAGGAGGGCGAGCAGCGCAGGCAGGAAGCAGAGCAGCAGCGCGACAAGACGGAGGCAGCGCGGAGGGAGCUCGAGGCGCAGGUGAUUGAGCUCGAAGCGCAGGUGGGGCAGCAGAGGGAGGAGGUGGAGGAGGCGGAAGUGCGGCGGCGGACGCUCGAGGCGCAGGUGGUUGAGCUCGAGGCGCAGGUGGUGGAGCUUGGCGCGCAGGUGGGGGUGCAGCGGGAGAGGGCGGGGGAGGCGGAAGCGGAAACGAGGGCGCUGAAAGCGCUACUGGCGGAGCUGGAAACGCAGCUGGGGGCGGAGCGGGCGAAGGCGGAGGAUCUGGAGAUUCAGCUGGGGGCGCAGCGGGCGAAAGCGGAGGAGGCAGAGCGAGCAAUGGGGGAACUCGAUUCGAAGCUGGGGCAGCAGAGGGAGAGGGGCGGGGAGGCGGAAGGGGAGGUGAAGGAACUAGAGGCCAAAUUAGGCCAGCAGAGGGAACGCGCGGAGGCAGCAGAGAGAGAGCUUGAAGAGGUUAGAUCCGAGCUGGGGCAGGUGGGACAGCUGAGGGAACAGGUUGAGGAGGCAGAGAGAGAGGCCAGGGAGCUGGAAGGGAAGCUGGAGAGGCAGAAUGUGCGGGCGGAGGAGGCGGAGGGGGCGGCGAGGCGGGUGGCGGAGGAGAUGGGCGCGGAACUGGCGGGCAUGCGCGAGCGGAUGGUGGAGUACGUGAUGGGGCGCAAGACCGCGGAGCAUAGGGAGAGAGAGGCGAGUGCGCGGGGUGAGGAGGAGAGGGGGAGACGGGAGGAGGCGGAGAAGAGAGUGAGGGAGCUGGAGGAGGAGGUGCAGCGAGGGAAGCAGGCGGAAGAGAGAGUGAGGGAGCUGGAAGAUAAUGUGGGGCGAGGGGCGGUUGGGGGGGGAAGUGUGGGUGGGAGUGUGGAGGGGAGUGUGGGCGAGGGGAAAGAGGGUGAAGAGAAGCAGGAUGCGGAGGAGAAGGGGGAGGAGGUGGCGGCGAGAGAAGAGGCGGGGGAGUCAGAACUGGAAGAUCUGAGGGCGAAAUGCGCCCAGGCGUUGAGGCAACUGGAGGACACAGCGGAGGCAACUGGAGGACACAGCAGAAGUGCAGUCGUCUCUGGAACAGGAGCUAGACCACCUGUAUUUAGAGUUGCAGCACGAGCAGGAGCUGUCAACGGAGGUGGCGCUGGUGGCGGAGGAGGAGUGGCGGGGGCGGCAGGACGCCCUCCGUGGGCUCACAGCGGAGUGGCAGGGCUUUCUUAUCUUCCCUUUCCCCUCCUUCCUCACCACAUUCCCGCCCUCCCACCCAUCGUUUGCAGGCAACUGGAGGACGCAACAGAGGUUCAGGGCAACUUAGAACAAGAACUGGAUCAUCUGUAUCUGGAGUUGCAGCACGAGCAGGAGCUGUCAACAGAGGUGGCGCUGGUGGCGGAGGAGGAGUGGCGGGGUCGACAGGACGCGCUCCGCGCGCUCGCAGAGGCGCACAGGCAGCUUGAAGCCCUUGGCGCUCUCGGCAGCGACGCUGCUGCCGCCGCUGCCGCCGCUGCUGCUGCCGGUGCUUCUGCUGCUGGUGCUGGCGCUUCUGCUGCUUUCUCAGCUGCUGCUGGUGCUGGUGGUGCUGGGGGGGAAUACGAGGGGCCUGUUGUGGCAGAGAGGCAGGAUAGCUUUGCGAGACGGAGGGCAGGGGAGGCGCCCUUGCUGCCUCCACGCCCCAAGCUCCCUGCUGCUGCUGACGGCACAGGAGAGCAGGGCAGAUCCCUGCAGCCACAGCCGCAGCAGCAGGCCGAGGGCAGAGUCGAGGGCAGAGCAUCGGGCGGGCUGGGUCUGGAGCGCACGUCAUCAGACAUGCUGUCGUACGUGCACGGCGCGUCGGAGCUGCUCAAGGGGCUGGCGCGGCCGGACGAGGGCGUGAGCAUGGGCAUCAAGCUCCUGGCGCUCAAGAAGGGGCUCUCCUACAGCCGCGCCGUCUCUGAAUCCCUGCGCACUGACGCUGGUGCAGUAGCAGGCGGAUCGGGCGGGUCGGGCGAAGCAGGGAGUGUGACUCCUCCUGGUGGGUCCAGUGAGGCUGGAGGGGCAGGGGCGGGGCUGGCAGGGGCGGGGCUGGCAGGGGCGGGGCUGGCAGGGGCAGCACUAACAGGGGCAGCACCGGCAGGGGCGGGGCCAGCCACACACGCGUCUGCCAAGGCGGGGCGUAUAAGCCGAACUGCCUCGCGGCGGCUGAGCGUGUCGCUGCUCUCCCCGCGCUCAGCAGUGCAGCAGCGCUGGGAGCAACUCUCGGCGUCUCUCAUUGCAGAGCGCGAGGCGCACUCGGCUUCAGGGCCUGCCAGGUGGGGCCCCUGGCUGCAUGGCCGCGGGCCUUGGUGGCCCUCUGUUUCUCCUGGCGUCCCAGGUGGUUCUCCAGGUGUUUUCCCAGGUGCUCCAGGGGUUUCGCCAGGUGGUUUGGCGGCGGGAGCGGGCGUGGCCCGGGGAGAAGCAGGGGAUAUAGCAGCAGGGGCGGUAGGGGCGGCAGCAGGGGGGCAGUCAGGGCGGCAUCGGACGGCGUUUGUGCACGUGAUGCUACAGCUGUCGUUGCACCGAAAACCCGACCCUCCUGCUGCUGCUGCUGCUGCUGCUGCUGGUGCAGCUGUGGCAAAUGCUGUUGACACAGGUGACAGUAAACAAGGUGACAGCAAGGAGAGCACAGGGGCAAAGGAUGCGGCCACCACAGCAGCAGGGGCAGCAGGGGCAGCAGGGGCAGCAGGAGCGAGAGCAGGGGAAGUCAAGAAGCCGCUUCUGCAUAUCUUUGUGGGGGAGAGCGGUGCUAAGGAUAAGGGUACUGGGACAGCUGCAUCAGCAGUACAGGCAGCAGAUAAGGCAUCAGAGAUUGCAGGGGCUGAGGGUAAGAGACAGGAGCAGACAGAGAAGGAGCAGCAGACAGCAAGGGAGGCAGAGGAGGAAGCGGAGGAGGCAGAGGAGGAAGCUGAGGACGUGAAUGAAAUGAGUGAGGAGCGGCGGGAGAAGGAGGUAGAAGCUCUCAUGCUCCAGGCGGAGGCGCUGAGAGGCACGGUGGCUCUUUGCAUGAAAGAAUCGGCUGCAGUCAGGCAGACGCUCAGAGAAGCAGAGAGAGAGGCGGAGAGAGAGCGAGAGAGAGAGCAGGAGCAGAUGCGGGGAGGGGGAGGGGGAGGGGGAGGGGGAGGGGGAGGGGGAGGGGGAGGGGGAGGAGGGGGAGGGGGAGGGGAGGGAGGGGCCGGGGAGGUGGGGUUGGUGGCAGUGGUGAUUGCAGAGGUGGAUGAGGAGGGGAUGGGGGUGAGGGAGAGGGGCGGGCGGGAGAGGGGCGUGGGGGUGGGAGGCGAGGAGGGGGAGGGGGCGCUGGUGGUGGCGAUGCAAGAUGGCAUGGCGUCUCCCAUGGUGCGGGAUGGCAGGCCUGGUGGCAGGAGGGGCGUGGACAAGCGUGUGGAGGUGCAGAGAGCAGCAGUGGAAGCCAAGGAAGCAGAGCUGGCGCACGUGAUGCAGCAGCUCAGGACCGUGGACUCGCGCAUCGAGCAGCUGCUCUCUGCAGAGCCACCCUCCCCUCCCCGCGCUGCUGCCACUCAGAGUGGAGGCCUGUUUGCAGCUACCGGUUCUCUCUUCUCCUCUAUGAUGCCUCGUGCUUCCACCGUCACUCUCCCUCAAGCCUCCAAAGCCCCUAUCGUGGCCAAACCCUCAACCCAGCCGAAUCAUUUUGCACAGCUACUCUCCCUCUCGCUCACCCCGUCUGCGACUGUUCAAUCGGACAAAGGCACCACCAGUACCACCGGCAGCAACACCGUUGCACCGCAACCAACCCAGGCCGCUGCCCUCCCUGCCCCACACCCUGUCAACCUGCCAGCUCAGCAUCUGCCACCUCAGCACGCACCAGCUCAGCAACAACCUCUGGUCGUGGAGCUUCAGCCACUCAACGUGCCACAUCAGCAGCAGCACCUCCAGGCCCAGGAUCUCACUCCAUACGGGCAGCCCGCCGGGCAGCCCGGGCAGGUUCCCAUGCAGCAGGAAACUUUCUACAGGCAGGACGAGCCAGCAUACCCGGACGCAGGAUACAGGUCCGGGCACAGGCUCGGGCACGGGUCGUCCGGCGGAGGUUCGCCAAGGUCAGGCUCGGGAGGGCUAGACCCAGGCUCUCCCUAUUCGGACGACUACCCGCCUUCCCUGCAAGCUGUAGACCUGAGGUCGCCUGGGGGCCCCAUGGAUAUGUCACCUGAUUCUAUGGGGGGCUAUGAGGGGCAGGGUGGGUUCGGGUUCGGAGGGUUUGGGCUUAUGACAGACAUCCCUUGA